AUGCAACACAGCCCUCAACCACAGUUACUGAAAAAUUGGACAUCCACAAUGACGUCGGACUGCAGUCCGCUCAGCACGCAUGUGCUCAACACCAGCGAUGGAAUUCCCGCCGCCCGCGUGGCUCUCAGCCUUCAUCGACUCGACUCAAGACUGAAACUGUGGAACUUGCUUAACGUCGGGACGACGGACGAAGAUGGUCGCUGCGCGGGACUCAUCAGCCGGGAAGCAUUUAUCCCGGGGAUGUACAAGUUACGCUUUGAAUGCGGCUCGUACUGGACCAGCCUGGAACGCAAUUCCUUGUAUCCAUACGCUGAGGUGGUGUUUACCGUCACGGAUUCAAUGCAGAAAGUUCACCUGCCGUUGCACAUGAGCUGCUUUUCCUACAGCACGUACAUGGGAAGCUGA